AUAUGGAGAGGAUGAUGAUGAUGAAGAUGCGUUGUCACUAGAGGAAAUAAGAAAAAUGAUUGUAAAAAUUCCUGGUUGUACAGAAGUAAGUGCUGAAGAUGUAGGAGAGUGGAUGGCUUGUGACACGUCUGACCCUGGUUUUCAAAUUCUCAAUGACGAUGAAAUUGUUGUAAGUGUGAGAGAAGAUGUUGAAGUGGAAGUGGAAGAAGAACUUUCUGCUGAUGUUGAAGUAGACGCUGGACCAUCAGCUAGUGAAGCAUUUGCCGGCCUCGAGACUGCUUUGAAGUGGAUGGAGCGUCAGCCCGAGUGUGACCACUUGCAACUGCUCACCGUCAAGCGAAUGCUUGACCUGGAUGCCCGAAAACGGUUGAAGACCGCAGAACAGCUUACAUUGACGGAGAUGUUUAAAAAACAAUGAUUUUUAUUU